AUGCUCCUCCACCCCUACUUUGCUUUCGAUGGACCAGACUGCCCUCAAAUCAAGAGGGGAAAAGGCAUCCUGGGCUGGUCCCCUCCAUCACUCCUUGUGCAGCGCUUUCAAGAACUUCUGACAGUGUUUGGCUUUGACUGGCAUGUGGCUCCAGGAGAGGCAGAGGCAGAGCUCAGCUGCCUUUGGUCAUGUGGGUUUAUUGAUGCCAUGGUGACCCCUUAUGACAAUGCACUACUGUUUGGUGCAACCUGUGCUCUCUGCAGCAUCCAUGGGGAUGAAGACAUGGAAGUCUACUUGGCAGAAGCCAUAGAAAAUAGUGCCACCCUGGAAUGGGGUGAUCUCCUUCUGAUCAUGCUGAUGAGCAGUGCAGACUGUGAUACAGGUUGCUGCUGGUGUGACACAGAUGUUGCCUGUUGGUUGGUAGAUUAUGGCUUUGGAAGGACCCUCCUUGAAGCUGCCAUCUCACUCCAGUUUGUCGAGUUCAUGGAAUUCAUCGCUAAGUGGUACCAUGAGCUCGCUUGUGUCAUCAAGGAGGAACACUUUGAGUUCCCUGACCCCACCAUCCUGGCAAUGUAUCUGUCACCCCUCACCCUGUGGUCAGAUGGUGGACAUUCCCCCAUUACCCAUGUGAUGUCUCAUCAGGCUAAUCUCAUUGCCCUGGUGGCAUUCUGCUUGCAGUGCCUUGGCUGGCCACCAGAUACUGUCCAGUCUGCAUUGAUGGACACUUGUGCUGGUGCAGCCAUGCAUGCCCUUCUACAGCUGCCAGGCAACAUUGAUGGUGAGGGCUUGCAAUGUGGCAUUCAGGUCAACAGCUAUUUCCACAAGUCACUGCCUACAUACAGGCUCUCUGUGCCAAGCUGGUUCCUUCCAUUGCCAGUGGAGGUGGAUCUGUCAGCUUUUGUGCAUAUGUCGCUGCUGGGUGAGGUCAGUAAUGGUAACCCAUUCUAUGAAGUGGAGGUCCCUGUGGUCAUGUUGGAAUACUCAAGGCCUGCCUUGGUACAAGGCACUGUUGCUCUAUCAUCCCAGCCAUCUUGCAUGGAAUUGGUGGAUGAGGAUGCUGGUCUUCAACCACCUGAGCCAAUGGUUAACCUUGUUCCACUGAUUCCCGAAGCUAGAGUGAUUGACUUGACAGGUGGCGAGGACACACCAUGUCUUGAAACUGGAGAUGUUGUUCUCAUGAGGAGUGAGGACUAG